AUGGCAUGUGAGUUCCUGAUGCAUGGGAAGGGCAAUAUGCAAGCCCUGAACUUGCAACAACCAAACUAUCAUGAGCUGAUUACAGAGCAGUACCGAGUGGAGAAGAAGCAGAAGAAAUCUCACUGUGAAGAAUGUAAAGGGAAGGUCACACAGGAAGACUGCUACAACCUGAAGCGCAAGGUUGCUGACAUGCCUCCUGUCACCGCUGAGAACUUCCAGGAGAGAGUCUUAGCACAAAGGGCUGUGGCUGAGGAGCGGGACAAAGUCACUGCCACCUACUGCAUGGUUUGCAGCAAGAGAUUCUCCACCUUCAAUGCCUGUGAGAAUCACUUCAAGUCCAAGAAGCACCUGGAUCUGGAGAAGAAAGCUGUUCAAGUCAUCAGCAAGAAGGUGAAAAUAUUAAAUGAGAAGAACCUGGAAAAGGGGCUCACUGUGGAGAGUGUAGACAAAGAUGAAAUGAACACAACUAUACAGCAAGCCAUUAGAGCUCAGCCAUCAUCUCCAAAGAAGGCACCCUUACCUCCUAACCAUGCAAGCAGUUCUCCAGUUCCUGUGGAAAGCGCCAGUCCAUUGCAGAGUAAAGAACAAACCAAGAAGCCUCUGCGGCUACAAUGGUUUGAACAACAAGCAAAGAAGCUGGCAAAACAGGAAGCAGAAGUAGAAGAGGAUUCAGAAGAAGGCUGGGAAGACAUGGAUUCUGAUGAAGACUUCAGCUCUGAAGAAGAGAUGGAAGGCGUGGGAGAAGAGGAGGAGAAGCAAGCAGAAGCUGAAAGCACUUGUGCCAUUGGGGCCAUACCGGUCACAGACUGCUUGUUCUGUUCCCACCAUUCCAGAACUCUCACGAAGAACGUGGCCCAUAUGACAAAAGUUCACAGUUUCUUCAUUCCAGACAUAGAGUACCUUGUGGAUCUCAGAGGACUAAAAAAUUGUAUUGAUAUAAAAUAA